AUGGGUGGUACAGACGCAAAAGACAUCCUCGGGUUACCGAAGACUCCACUGUCUUUAACUCAAGAGAAGAAAUCUCGACCCCAGAAAGAGUCUCAUAGAAAACCCGAUGGCAUUUCUCGCGAGGUUUAUGCGCUUACUGGUGGUGUUGCACCUCUUAUGCCUUCAAUUGAUGUUACCCAGUUAAAGCGUCGUCCUCUAGCAGAUGAGAAGGUUGCUUGGAAAUGGCUUCCCUUUACAAAUUCUGCUAGGAAAGAUGAUUUGCAGCUUUAUCAUUGGUCAGUUGAUAUCUUGAAAUACACUGACGAGGAGUAUGAGAAUCAUUUAACGGACCCUGUGUGGACCAAGGAAGAGACAGAUCAGUUGUUUGAAUUGUGUGACAGGUUUGAUCUCCGCUUCACUGUAAUAGCUGAUCGGUUUCCGUUAUCGCGGACUGUGGAGGAAUUGAAGGAUCGCUACUACAGUGUAUCCCGGGCCCUGCUGCGUGCUAGAGCUCAGUCUCCAGCAGAUGUUGCAAAUCAUCCCCUGAUGAAGGAGCCAUAUGAUAUUACACGCGAUAGAGAGCGCAAGCGCGCAUUGACCAUGGUCCUGUCUCAGAGUAGACAUCAGGAGAAGAAAGAUGCUGAGAUUCUUGCUGAGGCUAAAAGAAUCACAGAGAUGCGUUUGGCUGCACGUCGUGCGGAAGAGCCUGAUGUGUCUGCGAAUGAGAAUGUCGGUCUUGAUAGAGCUGAUGGGGUAGGUAUAGGGCGUAGUGUAUCUCCAUCAUCCAAUUCUCAACUUCCUGCUACUGCUGUGGCUCCAUCAACACUAACUAUGGCAGAUUAUGCCUCUACCCUUGCUUCUCUGCGCAUGCUCCAUGUAUACCUGAGAACCUAUGGACUUGAACAAAUGGUCCAAGCUGCAAGCUCUGCUGUUGGUCUUCGAACGAUCAAGCGUGUUGAGCAGACUCUACAAGAUCUCGGGGUUAAUUUAAAGCCAAAGGUUCCUACAAAAACCGUAUGUGAUGAGCAUCUUGAAUUACGAAAAGAAAUUUUAACACUACUGAAUCUUCAGAAGCAGCUGCAAUAUAAGGAAUCAGAAGGUUCAUCACAUCGUGAAGGUUCAUAUGCCGCAAUGCCAGAUACUCCAAAGGAUCGUGUUUUCGCUACUGACCCAUUCAGUUUCGGAGCUGAAAGACAAAUCAAGAAGGAACCUAAGCGCAAGGGUCCUGGAAGACAAGCAGACAGUCCUCUACCAGCUCAUAAGCGGCCCAGAAAAAUGAAAGCAUCUGAUCUCUAG